UGAGGCUGCGUGACACGCGAGGACGGCGCGCGAGCGGCUGUCCUGGCAUUUUGGCUGAAAUCCGAUGGCUUUGAGAUGUUUGGGGGGCAUUGUUUUGGGGAAGGUGUGCGGUGGGGGAUGGGCACAGACUAAUGGUACCAACAAAAAGUUUAACCACUUCACCGACCUCACUGACAUGGCUGAACGCUCGUGCUGGCAGAUGUUCCGGAGUCAGAUCUGGCUAAUUUAAAAACCUGAUUUCCGGGAUUUUUUUUAAUCUCUGAACAGAACGGCUCCUAUUUGUGCAUUUAGUUUGAAGAUACCACUUUGAGCGUGAUUGUUGUUGUGGCGACGAGUAGUUAAAUCGUUUUCUUAUUGGCGGAGGCUAGCUGACCCCCCCUACUGUCAGCGCUGGUUCAGUCUGGCUCGCCCCCAGUUCGUGCAUUUGUCCCGGGAUGACCUGUUGAUGUCUGUGAAAUAAGAUAAGGUGGGGUAUCCGAACUAGCGCGAAAUGGCUAUGGAACAUUAACUUUGAAAUUCCUCGGACUGAAAAGUAUGCACUUGGGUAUUUAAGGAUGCUAAUAACCGGCUGCUCAUUCAGUCGUUAGAGAUUCCUGAGUGUUGCCGUUGUAAUUGAGUGGCGUGGAGAACGGGGCGAACCCUCAUUUCGGCGGUGCCGCACACGAGACGGACCCGUCUAGGCCCGAGGAUGUAGUAGGCACGCUCGCUCUCGGUGCGGUGCAUUGGCAAAGACGGGACAAGAGCGGCAAACUUGCUCGUUUCGCGCGACCCUCGGUGCGUCGCGGCGUUUCCCCCCGCUGCGUUUGUGCUCGCUCGCAUGUAGGUGCUGCAUUUCUCACAGAGUGGCUCAUAGUGGGCGCUUUUGCCAUCGUUCUUCACCCCCCUUCACGGCCCGUGCCAGUGGAGAACUCCGGACGGACGGGCAGAUUGACUGACACACGGUUAGCCUGCCGCCGACACAGCCUCAUUACACUGCUGUACUGGCAGGUCUGGCGGCCAAAGAUUUCUCUGGUGGUGCUGGCCAUAGCGCCAUGGCUCAGACCCUUCAGAUGGCGAUCCCAAACUUCGGCAACAAUGUCCUGGAGUGUUUGAACGAGCAGCGGCUACAGGGCCUGUACUGCGACGUGUCCGUGGUGGUGAAAGGGCACACCUUUAAAGCUCACCGUGCCGUGCUGGCAGCCAGCAGCUCCUACUUCCGUGACCUUUUCAACAGCAGCGCGGGCAGCAAAACCCCUACGGUGGUGGAGUUGCCUCCGGCCGUACAGCCGCAGAGCUUUCAGCAGAUCCUGGCCUUCUGCUACACCGGUCGCCUCAGCAUGAAUGUCGGAGACCAGUUUCUGCUCAUGUACACGGCUGGCUUUCUCCAGAUCCAGCAGAUUAUGGAGAAGGGCACAGAGUUCUUCUUGAAGGUCAGCUCGCCCAGCUGCGACUCACAGGGCCUCCAUACUGAAGAAACUCCUCCGUCGGAGCCUCAGAGUCCCGUCACCCAGACAGCGGCAGGGGCCGCGGCAAAUGGAGGAGGUGGGGUGGUGGCUACGGCAGCCAGUCGGCCCACUUCCUGCUUGACCCCGUUGCCUCUGGUGUCUCGGGUGAAGACAGAGCAGCCGGAGGCUUCGCCCUAUUCUGUGGUGUGCACGCCGGUGGCCAAGCGGCUCUGGGAAGGAAGCAAUCGGGAAGGCGGCGGAGGCUCUGGCACAGCCGGAGGAGGAGGGAUGAGGAAGGCGGCCCGGUUUUCCCAAGAGAUGGCACGUGGAAGCGCCAUCCAGCAGCAAAGUAGCAUGGGACUUGGUAUGGGUCUUGGAAUGGGCACGGGGGGUCACAGUGGCAGCAGCAGCACCAAUGGCAAUGGCACGAACAGUGCCACUCCUGAAGGCACCAGCCCCGGUACAUUGAGUGCCUAUGCCAGCGAUUCACCCAUCUCUUACCAUGACGAUGAGGAAGAGGAAGAGGCGGUGGACGAUGGCACUGAAGAGCAGUACAGGCAGAUCUGCAACAUGUACACCAUGUACAGCAUGUUAAACGUGGGAGCUACAGCGGGCGAGCGUGUGGAGGCCCUCCCGGACCACUCAGAGACGCGGCCUAGGAUGCGCGGCCGACAGGAUCUCGCCUCUCUCCCUGCCGAGCUCAUCGCUCAGAUCGGCAACCGCUGUCAUCCUAAACUUUACGAGGAAGGUGACCCUGCAGAGAAACUGGAGCUAGUUUCAGGCACCAGCGUGUACAUUUCACGAGCUCAGCUGAUGAACUGUCACGUCAGUGCAGGGACCAGACACAAAGUCCUUCUGAGGAGGCUGCUGGCUGCUUUCUUCGAUAGGAGCACUCUGGCCAACAGUUGUGGAACCGGCAUCCGUUCCUCCACCAAUGACCCCAGCCGUAAGCCGCUGGACAGCCGAGUGUUACACGCAGUCAAAUUUUACUGCCAGAACUUCGCCACCAGCUUUAAGGAGAGCGAGAUGAACGCCAUUGCAGCGGACAUGUGCACUAACGCUCGGCGCGUGGUGAGGAAGAGCUGGAUCCCCAAGCUGAAGCUACUGAUGGCGGAAGGCGACGCCUAUGCCAAUUUCCUUCCCGACAGCAUCAAGAUGGAAGCGGACGGCCUUAGUGGCGAGCCUACCUUUGAGACCGCAAGCCUGGAGGGUGGCACUUCGGUGGAGACCGGAGGAUCCUCGGGCGAGUCUCUGCAGGGUGUGGGCGGAGACAACGGCACUUUGUUUCAGUGAGCGACCCGGCAAGGAAAGCCCUGCCCCAUCCCCUCUGCCGCCCCACCUCCUUCCCGCCUCCCACACCGCUGCGUGACUCUGGGCUCUGCUGCUUUUGCCUAGGAUGGGAAAGGGAGAGUCGGGUAGGAGAUUGGAGGAGAUAGCACGGUCUAGUGUCGGGAGGAACACGGGGGUUUAUGCCAGGGGCGCCAUUUUCUUUUCAAUCAUUUUUGUUUUUGCUGAAUAACCCUUUUUUGCACAGAAGAUCCCCUUUGCCUCCAUGCUCGGCAAGUAAAUCUAGUCACCGACGCUAUAGGAAUACAUAAUUAGGACCAGGCAAAGUUAUUGCGACGGGAGGCCCGAGGUUCCCUGAUCUCACUCUACUGAAUUUGAAUGUAUUAGUUUGUAGCACCUGGCUAUGUCAGACUAGCCGAUUGUAUUUGGCCCAGGAGAGAGACAGGAAAAAUGCUUGUCAUAAGAUCUAAAGGAACAGCAGAUGGAGAAAGUAGUGAGGGAGGAGAGGAGAAGGAGAAGUAGGUGGCAUAUUCUGUCUCUCGUUCUGUCUAAAAUGGAAAGAAUCUGAUAUCCUCCUCUCCUUCCAUUCCUCCCAAAAUAUAUGUGGGAUCUUAGUCUGCCACAUUCUUUGUUUUUUAUGUCGCUGUUUUUUUCCUUUCCCCUUCUACUUGUUCCACUGUGUGUGAUUUAUAUGAAUCCAGAGUUGAUGAAAGAUGAUUAAGGACUGUAAAGGAUAAAAAUAUAUUUAUCUGCUCACACCUUUAGAGCUUGAGAGAGAGGGAUUGUUUUAAAAUCUCUGUUUUUGUUCGUUUUUUUUUUUGUUUUGUUUUUCUUAAAUGUUUCUCAAGAGACACCUUGUUUAUUGGGCUUUAAAUGGAAAUAGUGAGAAAAAUGAGGAAUAUUUUUGCAUAAGGAUUAUCUUACAUUUCAAAGGCUGGUGCUUGGCUUGUAUCUGGAGUUCGAUCAUUUCCGUAGCUGAAUUCGAUUGGCCGUUUUGACCAGUGGCGCAUGACAUCUCAUUGAUUUAAAGGGAUAGUUUAUUCAAAAAAAUGAAAAUUCUGUCAUCAUUUAUUCACCCUCAUGUUAAUCCAAAUCUGCAUGAUGUUAUUUCUUCUGUGAACCUUUCCAUUCACUGAAAGGCAAUGGGAUUCAGUGGUAACUUCCAAACCCCACUGACUUUCAUUGUUUACACAAAAACAGUUGAAACAUUCUUUAAAAUAUCAUCUUUUGUGUUCCAUACAGUUUCAGAACAACAUGAGGGUGAGUAAACGAUGACAGAAUUGGAUAAACUAUCCCUUUUUAAGAGAAAAGAAAAAUUGUGUAGGACAUAAAAACAAAGUGUUUUUUGAGUGUAAACCUUUUAGCUUUCUUCCCCCAUUAUCGCACACAAACUUGCUUUUACAGCCCAGGGGGGAAAGAAGGUUGUGCUUUGUAUUGUUAGUCACUUUACUGUCUUAAGGUUUGGGCCUGACUUUGUGUGUGUUUGGGAGUGGAGGAGGGUUUACAUUGCUUGUGUCCCAGGAGAGGAGGAGCAGAAUGAUUAAGUCUCUCCAUGUUGCCCAUGUCCCUGUUUGGGCAGCUGUGUGUGCGUGUGUGUGUCUGUGCUCGCUUAGGCAAGCAUGUGUGUGUCCGCACAAGUCACCAUCUGUAUACAUUCCUUGCACAUAGUUGGCACUGUGUAUUUGCAUGUGGGUGAUGUGUUGAUUCGGGGAUUUAGGGUAUGUUUGUUUCUGCGUCGGAGGUGUCUCGUACGGAUGCUUUUAAGGAAAUUCGGCCUUCUGAAGGUUUGCCAUAACCUGUGAACCUUUGCAUAAUCCAGAUUUCCAUCAGGAUUUGAAUGGGAUUGCAUGUGAUGUCUUAAUGUGCACUCAGGCAUGGGUUUUAUAUGCACAUGCCUCGCAAAAACAGAAAUACGAUACUUUAGGCAAUUUUAAUAUUUCAUGCCCGAGUUAUUAGGCCGCGCGUGUUUGUAUAAGUCAUGUUUUUUUUGUGCGUCUGACCUCCUGGGACACAUAGAGUAGCCGCCCCCUUUCUGACAGAGGAAAUGGACCUCUUUGCACCUUUUCCUAGACUGAACUAGAGCCUUUUGCACCUUUUUGUAGAGGAGAGUGGUGGAUUGUGCACCUUUUUUUGUAGAGCGUAAUUGAUGGUUUUUGGACUAAACUUCGUGGAUGUGUAUGUGUCGGUAUCUGGCCCGGAACAGGAUGCACCCCUGCGUCUGCGGCCAACCGUGUUGAAUACUGAUGUAAAUAUCGAAGAGACUGUUGAACAGAUUUUGACCACGUUUUUAACAGGUCGUUCGUCUUUUUAAUUGAUGGCUUACAUUAGGUCUUUCACCCCUCUUGUUUUAGCUCAUGUUUUUUUUUUCUUUUAUUUCUUUUAUUUGCAUAACCAAGUCUGGCUUACCUGCUGUUUGUAUAUCUGGAAAUUGUAGUUUUCUUGUUUUGUUUUAAGGCUUUAGAGUCGUAGCAAAGAAAGUGAACUCCUGGCAAGUUUACGUCUUAAAUGCAGUCUGGUUCGGGUCUGACCGGUGACCUCUUUUCUUUUCUUUUUUUUCUUUUCUUUUGAACCAGAAGACAAUAAUGCUUCUAGUGUAGAAAUGUAUAACAUUCACCAAUCAUUCGAAAUCAACAUCUGGGAAUGUGCAUGAAUCAUUUCGUUCUCCGUUUCAUUUCUCCUUUCUUUUAGCAGACCAUGUGUACUGUAUUUACUUUUCAACUACUACUAAUUCAAGGUGAAAGAGUUGACUUGCCAAGUUUUUUAAGGAUACAAUAUAGAGUUGUUUGACUGAUGAUAGAGUACUGAGUAUUUUUUCAUUUCUUUUUAUUGACUAAAGUGCUGGUGAGGGAUGAACUGGUGCUAUGUGUGCUAUUCUUUAGAUGUUAAAGGCCUGCUGGGUCACUGGUGCCUUUUCAGGAGGACUGUGGGAGACGGACUGCGCGUGUAUCUGGGUGGGGCGUGGAGUGGCGGCGCUCCUCUCUCUCCUCUCGCCGGCUAUGACUGUGCCAGUGUUUAUGCGUCCUCCAUUUUGAUGGCACAGAUCACAUAUGCUGCAUGCGUCGCUGGAGAGGAACCGCUGUGUCCAUGCGCCACCUGCUGUCUGUGUGUUGUUACUGCGGCUUAAAUUUACUACUUCCAGUCAACACCAGGGGGUGUCAUAACUGAGAAAGAUGACUUUUAGUGGCUACAAAAGAUGGCCUUUCUCCUUCUGGGAAGUUGAAGGUGACGUGUGUAAUUUUUUUCAAUGUUAAAAUACUAAAAGUAAGCCAUUUGAUGGUUGAUUUUCCCCGAAAGGUGUAACACUGUGGCUCUGUGGCACUAUCAAAAAGUUGCUCUGUUUGUUUGAGCAUCACAACCAGCCCGAAAGAGCAACAACCCAUGGUGUGAGUUUGAAAUCAUUAUUUUUGUGAUUCCUUUUCAAAUUACACACUUCACCUUUAAAGGAUUAUUUUUAUUUAGGGAAAACUUAAGUCUAGUCCUGGUAUGAAAGGUUUCCUAAGGCAAGUAUAUAUAUAGUGGGAAUGAAGGGACCAGUGUUGAUCAAAAAAGGCUGGGAUGUCCAUAUCACGCUGCCUAUCUCUCUGCUCUCUGUGCCCGAGUAAAGCACCUUUUUCUGGGGUUCGCGUUCCUAAACGGGCUCCCCGGCACCUUGCAAUUCAGUCUGACUGUGUCACGGAGCGCAGAGAGCAGAUAGAUGGCUGACGCCUGAGAGCGUGCGAGUUUAACUGCCCAUAAGUCUUGUCAUUCUUCCUUGUAACACAGUUUGUUGGGGUACUGUGCAUCGUAGAUCAUUGUGAAUUUGUAACCUGGUGGAUCGCUGACAGCAUGCGAGAGAGAGUAUGGAGCGGUGUACUAAAAAUUGAACUCUUUUUAUAAAUAGUGACUGUCUCUCCUCUCUGCAAAGGCAGAAACUGGACCCGUCUGUUUUGAAGCAACGGACUGGCUGCAUUUUGCAGGUUUUCCUUUAGCUUGCAGUUUUUGCUACAUUUUUUGUCAACCUAAGCCUCUUUACCCAGAAUGCAGCACUGCUAUUCCACUCUAAAUAACAGACAUGCCCCAUAAAGAUAUUCUCACCUCUUUCUCUGCGAGUUGCGUUCUCUUCCAGCACACCCCAACACUCUGCUUUCAGUCUUUUUCCCUGAAAUAAGAUGAUGAUGAUGAUGAUGAUUAUAACCCAACUUUGCAAACGUUUUGGUAAAGUAACGUGUGACUGCUCGACAAAUUGAUGUCCGGACAUGGUAUCACGAAUUACAGAGAAAUACAGACAGGAUGGGGGAUGACAUCAGCUCGCUUGAACACUCAAAACAACAAACUGGUUGUGAACCUUUUUUUUUUACGAUGCAGUGUCUCACUUUCUAUGACUACAUCCCUAUACAAAUCUAUAUACUGUAUAUUACAUAGAAGCACUAAUGAAGUUUGAUUGUUAGUCGUGCACUCUCAGCAUGAGUUGUAACCCAUACCCAGCUGUGCUCAUGCACUGACUCUGUAACGCCAGUGCUCAUCCACUCCAUUCUGUCUGUGUUCAAAGUGCCAAUAACUUUGUGAAUCCCUAACUGUGACCCAAUAUUAUCAAAAGUAAUUGCACAUUAACUACUGUAAAAAUGAGUAAGAGAAAAGUCAAAGGAUACAGCUGAAUAUCUUAAUAAAAGUUUGUAACAAAG